AGACAGAGUAGCCCAUCCCAUAUUCUGACUUUCAAUUUGUAGGAGAUCUUGCAUUUCCAAACAGCACUCAAGAAAUGACUAAAGAUGAGGACUUUAAGCUGUUCAAGAUCCAGACUUGUUGUCUCAGAGUGAACAUACACUGUGACGGCUGCAAGCACAAAGUGAAGAAAAUCCUUCAAAGGAUUGAAGGAGUUUAUGAAGUGAGCAUAGAUGCAGAGCAGCAAAAGGUGAGCAUCUCAGGAAGUGUGGAUUCCUCAACCCUUAUAAAGAAAUUGAUUAAGGGUGGUAAGCAUGCUGAGCUCUGGUCCCAAAAGCCAACCCAAAACCAUAAGCCAAAAUCCCCCUCCAUCAAAGAAGACCCCACCAAGAAGGGCCAAAACCCCAAGCUGAAUCUCGAUUCCUUAAAAAACAAGAACCAAAACUUCACCUUCCUGUCCGAAGCCGACGACUGCUUCAACGAUGCUGCCACCGAAGAGGAGAUGCAGCUCCUCACCGCCGUGCUCAAUGCCGAGGCCAACAAGAAGGCCAACAUUGUCCACAACAACAACGCCAAGAAAGAGAACCAAAAUCAGGCAGAAGGGAUGGUGGGAAACGACAUCAGUGCUAUGAUGAAUCUUGCUGGCUUUCACGGCAACAGCGCCGGGAUUCUCGGGAAUGGAUUUCAGCUGCAGCCGAACGCGUUCAACGUGGGGAACAAUGCUCUGAUGGCGGCGAAUGCUAAUGGCUACGGCACUAUGAUGCAGCAGCAGCAGCAGCAGCCGCAGAUGAUGUAUAAUCGGACGCCGUUGAUUUCUCCGAACACGGGGUACCUCUACGGCUAUGGUGCGGUUCCGUACGGUUUGGCUGAGCCAGCAGGAUAUGGCGGAGGCGGUGGUGGUGGUGCUCGUGUGUUUGAUGAUGAUGACAAUGCUAGCGGUGGCUGCUCAAUUAUGUGAAGAUUUGAACUAGUUUGAUUUGGUUUGGUUAGUGUUUUUUGGCUUUUGAUGGUUAGACUGUUAUGUUAUGUAUAUGUAUGUUGGUGUGUGAUGGCUAACCUUCUAAGUUUGUAGUUUCAAGAAUUUGAAGUUUUAUGACUUUCUACUAUAA